CUUGUUCAGCUACCGUUCAUCCAUCCAUCAGAACGGCAUCAUUCGAGCGGCAUCGUCUCCAUAGCCACAAGUGCACAAGAAACCACGUAGAACGGUUUUCAGCGGAAACUGAUUGGUGGUAGGCCAUGGCCGGAGCCUACGUGCGCACGGCGGUCGUGCUCGCGCUCGGCUGCCUACUGCUGGCCGCCGUCGGCGCGGACGCCCUGGAGCCGAGCGGCUGGGUGAGGGCGCACGCCACCUUCUACGGCGGCAGCGACGGCUCCGGCACCAUGGGUGGUGCGUGCGGGUACGGGAACCUGUACGCGCAGGGGUACGGGACGAGGACGACGGCGCUGAGCACGGCGCUCUUCAGCGACGGCGGCGCGUGCGGGCAGUGCUACAAGGUGGUGUGCGACCGCAAGACGGACAAGACGUGGUGCAAGCCCGGCGUGUCCGUCACCGUCACCGCCACCAACUUCUGCCCGCCCAACUGGGACCUCCCCAGCGACAAGGGCGGCUGGUGCAACCCGCCGCGCCCCCACUUCGACAUGGCGCAGCCCGCCUGGGAGAAGAUCGGCGUCUACCGCGGCGGCAUCAUCCCCAUCAUCUACCAAAGGGUGCCGUGCGUGAAGAAGGGCGGGGUGAGGUUCACCAUCAGCGGCCACGACUACUUCCAGCUGGUGCUGCCGACCAACGUGGCGGCGGCCGGCUCCGUCAGGGCCAUGGACGUCAGGGGCUCCAAGUCCGGCGACUGGAUGGCCAUGGCGCACAACUGGGGCGCAAACUGGCACUCCCUCGCCUACCUCAACGGCCAGGGGCUCUCCUUCAGGGUCACCAUCACCGACGGCCAGACGCUCGUCUUCUCCGACGUGGUGCCGCGCACCUGGAGGUUCGGCCAGACCUUCUCGAGUAACCUGCAGUUCAAGUGAUCGAGGAGCGUUGACGACGUGCGGCGUACGUGCGUGAAGAUGAACUUAGACAUCCAAAUUACUUCAUCUUCACGCCGUGGUCUAAAUAGUUGCUAUACAGCUUGGAUGUGUUGGGUGGUUGAUUUACUUUUCUUGUAUCGGAUUGUGUGCUUGCUUAAAAGUUCAAAGUACAUGCACACUGGCUUGCAUGUGUGAUGUACAUAAAGAGAUGGAUUAUCGUUUAUGUCUGUGAGAAUUUCAGUGAAUUAAGUUUUGUAACACCAUUAUUCA